AGUACCAAUAUUUCUUAAAAAAUAAGUACGCAUUGAAGUAUCCAAAUAAAACAUUUCCCUCAAUUUCGAAAAUUGCGUUUGUCAACUGGGCAUAGAAGGUCAUUGAAGGUUGGACAAGUCAGUGUGUCUUUGGCAUUGAGAUCCAGCAAAUUGCCUCAAAAUCCAACAAAUUGCAUCUGUAACAGUACGUAAAAUCAAGUGAAAAAUGGCUCGACGAUUCUGUGUCGGUGGCAAUUGGAAGAUGAAUGGUGAUAAGGCCAGUAUCACUGAGAUUUGCAAAAAUCUCUCUUCCGGCCUGGAUCCCAAUACCGAAGUGGUGGUGGGUGUUCCAGCACCAUACCUUCAAUUUGCCAAAUCCCUCCUUCCAGCAUCAAUUGGUGUGGCUGGGCAGAAUUGCUACAAAGUGGCCAAAGGUGCUUUCACCGGAGAAAUAUCCCCAGCCAUGCUGAAAGACAUAGGAGCUGAUUGGGUUAUCAUUGGCCAUUCUGAGAGACGUACAAUCUUUGCCGAAACCGACGACCUGAUAGCCGAAAAGGUAGCCCAUGCUCUGGCCGAAGGACUCAAAGUCAUUGCUUGCAUCGGAGAAACUCUUCAGGAACGUGAAGCUGGCCAGACUGAAACUGUAGUCUUCCGGCAAACAAAAGCUCUCGCCGGUGCCAUCAAGGAUUGGACUAAUGUUGUAGUGGCCUAUGAACCAGUUUGGGCCAUUGGAACUGGUAAGACUGCUACCCCUGAACAAGCCCAGGAAGUCCACCAAGCUCUCCGUAAAUGGAUAUCCGAGAAUGUAUCCGCUGCUGUUGCUGCUGCUCUUCGUAUUCAAUACGGAGGAUCAGUGACAGCUGGUAACUGCAGGGAAUUGGCCUCAAAGCCUGAUAUCGAUGGAUUCCUGGUCGGAGGGGCUUCCCUUAAACCAGAAUUCAAAGAUAUCGUCAAUGCCAGACAAUAAGAAGUCUCCAUACGCUAUCAGAGCUCAAUUAUUUAAUAUUUGAGCUCAAAAAGGAAUUUAUUUGUGCAAAACAUCAUCACUCGAAGUGAAUUGAAUCCAUAAUAAAGAUUUCUGUUACAA